CCGGCUGUGGUCGCGCACUUGCCUCACUCAGUCCCGUCCCCGAUGCGGCUCGCGCCGCCGCACCAGCGGCUGAUGCUGUGCUCGAUGUCGAUGGCUCGGUCGAUGAUGACUUCCGCGCCGUCCUCCCUCCCGCUCAAGGACCCGUCCCUCUUUGUCGGCCGCGGCUUCAUAGGCGGCGAGUGGGUCGGUGCGGAUGACGGCAGCACGGUCGACGUGACGGACCCGGCGUCGGGGCUCUGCCUCGGAUCCAUCCCCAACAUGGGCGGCAGCGAGACGCGGCGUGCGGUCGAGGCCGCGGAGGCUGCGUUCGCUAGCUGGCGCUCCAAGACGGGCAAGGAGCGCGGCGCGGUGCUUCGCCGCUGGUUCGACCUGAUCAUGGCCAACCAGCAGGACCUGGCUGCGAUCAUGACGGCGGAGUGCGGCAAGCCCAUGGCGGAGGCGGUGGGCGAGAUAGCGCGCCUCGUUUGUGGAGUGGUUCGCCGAGGAGGCGAAGCGCGUCUACGGCGACGUCGUCCCAAACACGACGCCGGGCACGCGCAUCCUCGUCCUCAAGCAGCCGGUGGGCGUCGUGGGCGCAGUCACGCCGUGGGCAGGUGCGCCCCCGCCCUCGCCGUCGGCUGCCCGGUCGUGGUCAAGCCGUCCGAGCUGACGCCCUUCUCCGCGAGCGCGCUGGCGCUGCUCGCGGAGCGAGCGGGGAUGCCGAGCGGCGUGCUCAACCUGGUGCUCGGCGCGAAGGCGCAGGAGGUCGGCGACGAGCUCUGCUCCAACCCGACCGUGCGCAAGCUCGGCUUCACCGGCUCGACGGCGGUGGGCAAGCAGCUGCUUCGCCAGUCGGCCGCCACCGUCAAGAAGGUGAGCAUGGAGCUGGGCGGGCACGCGCCGCUCAUCGUCUUCGACGACGCCGACUUGGACGAGGCGGUCGCCGGGGCGAUGGGCUCCAAGUGCGUCUGCGCCAACCGCAUCCUCGUGCAGGACGGAGUGUACGACGCCUUCGCCGCCAAGCUCGCCGCCAAGGUGAGCGAGAUGAGGCAGGGGCCGGGCGACCAGCCAGGCGUGACCGUCGGCCCGCUCAUCGACGGGCGCGCGGUCGCAAAGGUGGAGGCGCACGUGCAGGACGCCCUCGCAAAGGGAGCGACCGCCUCGGUCGGCGGCGAGCGCGUCUCGUCCCUCGGCGACAACUUUUACGCGCCGACGGUGCUGACGGGCGCGACUGAGGAGAUGCUCAUCUUCCGCGAGGAAACCUUCGGGCCCGUGGCGCCGCUCUUCCGCUUCUCGGACGAGGCGGAGGCCGUCCGCAUGGCCAACGACACUCCGUACGGCCUCGCGGCGUACCUCUUCUCCAACGACCUCGGCCGCGUCUGGCGCGUCUCCGAGGCGCUCGAGUACGGCAUGGUCGGCGUCAACGCGGGCAUCAUCGCGACGGAGGCGGCGCCGUUCGGAGGCGUCAAGGAGAGCGGCCUGGGGCGCGAGGGCUCAAAGUACGGCGCCGACGAGUUUGUGGAGGCAAAGUACGUCUGCCUGGGCGGGAUCGGCGCGCUGUGAAUGACAGAACAAUUCAAAGAA